UAUGAAUAUUUUUUUAAUACAACUUAUAAUUAAAGUGUUACAAAUGACAAUCAAUUUGAUAUGAGAAUAGUAUUUGUAACCUGGAUCUUAGCAGCAUGCUUAUUACAAACAUGGAAUUUUCCAACUACAAGACAAGCACGAGAUGUAAAAAAAAUCGGUCCAAACAGAAAAAACACAGAAAGUGAAUUGUCUUAUAAAGAUAACAACAAUAAAGAAACAGGUGUUAUAUUUGAAUCUACAGUGCAAGAAUCUAAUUAUCAACCACAAUCUUCAGUGAGUAAAACAAAGAACUUCAAAAGUGACAAGAGCUUAUCAGACAACUCGUCAAGCACAAAAAAGAAAAAACCCUCAUUGAAGAAUACAACGACCAACUUACCCUCAACUGCAAAUAUCGAAUUUGGAGUUACUACUUAUUCAAACAAAUCUGAUACAAACAAAAAAAAUACCAAAAAAGUAGACUAUCCAUUGUCCAGGUUUACUUCACCAACAGAAAAUGAAGUAAAUUCUAUAUUAAAUCAAUCAAGUGUUAAACCGGUAGUAGUCUCAACAUCUGCAAUUGCUACGACUAUUACUAACGUUCCAGAGACCCAUGCAACAAUAACAUAUACUUCGACACCAUCAAGUACUUCAACGAAAGCAGCCUUAACACAAAAUAGUACAACAAGAAGCUACAAUCCAAAAACUUAUUUAUUUACUGCCACGACCUCAUCACAUAUUGAUAAAUUGACAAUAAGCAGACCAACAAUAAGAGAUAGGGCUGUCGAAUCAAGUUUAUCUACAGAUUCAACAAAAACGACUAUUUUGAAGAUCCCUUCAACAGACAACAUCCUUAAGACAACAGAACCUUCCACUUCAACUACAAUUUCCAGUACAACUCGUGAGACAACUAAAUCUUUCACAUCGACUACAAUUCCUAGAACAACUACCGAGACAACAACACCUAUCACUUCGACUACAAUUCCCAGUACAACUCCAGAGACAACUGAAACUUUCACUUCGACUACAAUUCCCAGUUCAACUUCUGAGACAACUGAAUCUUUAACUUCGACUACAAUUCCUAGUACAACUACCGAGACAACAGAACCUUUCACAUCGACGACAAUUUACAGUACAACUACCGAGACAACAGAACCUUUCACAUCGACGACAAUUUACAGUUCACCUUCUGAGACAACUGAAUCUUUAACUUCGACUACAAUUCCAAGCACAACUACCGAGACAACAGAGACCUUCACAUCGACGACAAUUUACAGCAUACCUUCUGAGACAACAGAAACUUUUACUUCGACUACAAUUCCUAGUACCACUACCGAGACGACAGAACCUUUCACAUCGACGACGAUUAACAGUACACCUUCUGAGACAACUGAACUUUUAUCUUCGACUACAAUUCCUAGUACAACUACCGAGACAAAUGUACCUUUCACUUCGACUACAAUUCCUAAUACAACUACCGAGACAACAGAACUUUUCACAUCGACGACAAUUUACAGCACACCUUCUGAGACAACCAAAAUUUUUACUUCGACUACAAUUCCUAGUACAACUACCGAGACAAAUGUACCUUUCACUUCGACUACAAUUCCUAGUACAACUACCGAGACAACAGAACCUUUCACAUCAACGACAAUUUACAGUACACCUUCUGAGACAACUGAACCUUUAAUUUCGACUACAAUUUCUAGUACAACUACCGAGACAACUGUACCUUUCACUUCGACUACAAUUGCUAGUACAACUACCGAGACAACAGAACCUUUCACAUCAACGACAAUGUACAGCAUACUUUCUGAGACAACUGAAACUUUCACUUCGACUACAACUCCUAAUACAACUACCGAGACAACCGAACCUUUCAUUUCGACUACAAUUCCUAGUAAAACUACCGAGACAACAGAACCUUUCACAUCGACGACAAUUUACAGUACACAUUCUGAGACAACAGAACCUUUCACUUCGACUACAAUUUCUAGUACAACUACCGAGACAACAGAACCUUUCACUUCGACUACAAUUCCUAGUACAACUACCAAGACAACAGAACUUUUUACUUCGACUACAAUUCCUAGUACGACUACCGAGACAACAGAACCUUUUACUUCAACUACAAUUUCUAGUACGACUACCGAGACAACCGAACCUUUCACUUCGACUACAAUUUCUAGUACAACUACCGAGACAACAGAAACUUUCACAUCGACGACAAUUUACAGUACAACUACCGAGACAACAGAACCUUUCACUUCGACUACAAUACCUAGUACAACUACCGAGACAACAGAACCUUUUACUUCAACUAUAGUUCCUAGUACGACUACCGAGACAACCGAACUUUUCACUUCGACUACAAUUCCUAGUACAACUACCGAGACAACAGAACCUUUCACAUCGACGACAAUUUACAGUACAACUACCGAGACAACCGAGCCUUUCACUUCGAACACAAUACCUAGUACAACUACCGAGACAACAGAACCUUUUACUUCGACUACAGUUCCUAGUACGACUAAGGAGACAACCGAACCUUUCACUUCGACUACAAUUCCUAGCACAACUUCCGAGACAACAGAACCUUUCACAUCGACGACAAUUUACAGUACAACCACCAAGACAACAGAACCUUUCACUUCGACUAAAAUACCUAGUACAACUACCGAGACAACAGAACCUUUCACAUCGACGACAAUUUACAGUACAACUACCGAGACAACAGAACCUUUCACUUCGACUACAAUACCUAGUACAACUACCGAGACAACAGAACCUUUUACUUCGACUACAAUUCCUAGUACGACUACCGAGACAACCGAACCUUUCACUUCGACGACAAUUUACAGUACAACUACCGAGACAACAGAACCUUUUACUUCGACUACAGUUCCUAGUACGACUACCGAGACAACAGAACCUUUCACUUCGACUACAAUACCUAGUACAACUACCGAGACAACGGAACCUUUCACUUCGACUACAAUACCUAGUACAACUACCGAGACAACAGAACCUUUUACUUCGACUACAAUACCUAGUACAACUACCGAGACAACAGAACCUUUUACUUCGACUACAAUUCCUAGUACGACUACCGAGACAACCGAACCUUUCACUUCGACUACAAUUCCCAGUACAACUACCGAGACAACAGAACCUUUCACAUCGACGUCAAUCUACAGUACAACUACCGAAACAACAGAAUCUUUCACAUCGACGACAAUUUACAGUACAACUACCGAGACAACAGAACCUUUCACUUCGACUACAAUAUCUAGUACAACUACCGAGACAACAGAACCUUUUACUUCGACUACAAUUCCUAGUACAACUACCGAGACAACAGAACCUUUUACUUCGACUACAAUACCUAGUACAACUACUAAGAGAACAGAACCUUUUACUUCGACUACAAUUCCUAGUACGACUACCGAGACAACCGAACCUUUCACUUCGACUACAAUCUCUAGUACAACCACCGAGACAACUGAACCUUUCACUUCGACUACAACUCCUAGUACAACUACCGAGACAACAGAACCUUUCACAUCGACGACAAUUUACAGUACAACUACCGAGACAACAGAACCUUUCACUUCGACUACAAUACCUAGUACAACUACCGAGACAACAGAACCUUUUACUUCGACUACAAUACCUAGUACAACUACCGAGACAACAGAACCUUUUACUUCGACUACAAUUCCUAGUACGACUACCGAGACAACCGAACCUUUCACUUCGACUACAAUUCCCAGUACAACUACCGAGACAACAGAACCUUUCACAUCGACGUCAAUCUACAGUACAACUACCGAAACAACAGAAUCUUUCACAUCGACGACAAUUUACAGUACAACUACCGAGACAACAGAACCUUUCACUUCGACUACAAUAUCUAGUACAACUACCGAGACAACAGAACCUUUUACUUCGACUACAAUUCCUAGUACAACUACCGAGACAACAGAACCUUUCACAUCGACGACAAUUUACAGUACAACUACCGAGACAACAGAACCUUUCACUUCGACUACAAUACCUAAUACAACUACCGAGACAACAGAACCUUUUACUUCGACUACAAUUUCUAGUACGACUACCGAGACAACCGAACCUUUCACUUCGACUACAAUACCUAGUACAACUACCGAGACAACAGAACCUUUUACUUCGACUACAAUACCUAGUACAACUACCGAGACAACAGAACCUUUUACUUCGACUACAAUACCUAGUACAACUACUGAGACAACCGAACCUUUUACUUCGACUACAAUACCUAGUACAACUACCGAGACAACAGAACCUUUUACUUCGACUACAAUUCCUAGUACGACUACCGAGACAACCGAACCUUUCACUUCGACUACAAUUCCUAGUACAACUACCGAAACAACAGAAUCUUUCACAUCGACGACAAUUUAUAGUACAACUACUGAGACAACAGAACCUUUCACUUCGACUACAAUACCUAGUACAACUACCGAGACAACAGAACCUUUCACUUCGACUACAAUACCUAGUACAACUACUGAGACAACCGAACCUUUUACUUCGACUACAAUACCUAGUACAACUACCGAGACAACCGAACCUUUCACUUCGACUACAAUUCCUAGUACAACUACCGAGACAACAGAAUCUUUCACAUCGACGACAAUUUCUAGUACAAAUACCGAGACAACAGAACCUGUCACUUCGACUACAAUACCUAGUACAACUACCGAGACAACAGAACCUUUUACUUCGACUACAAUUCCUAGUACAACUACCAUGACAACAGAACCUUUCACUUCGACUACAAUACCUAGUACAACUACCGAGACAACAGAACCUUUUACUUCGACUACAAUACCUAGUACAACUACCGAGACAACAGAACCUUUUACUUCGACUACAAUUCCUAGUACGACUACCGAGACAACCGAACCUUUUACUUCGAGUACAAUUCCUAGUACAACUACCGAGACAACAGAACCUUUCACAUCGACGACAAUUUACAGUACAACUACCGAGACAACAGAACCUUUCACUUCGACUACAAUACCUAGUACAACUACCGAGACAACAGAACCUUUUACUUCGACUACAAUACCUAGUACAACUACCGAGACAACAGAACCUUUUACUUCGACUACAAUUCCUAGUACGACUACCGAGACAAUCGAACCUUUCACUUCGACUACAAUUCCUAGUACAACUACCGAGACAACAGAAUCUUUCACAUCGACGACAAUUUACAGUACAACUACCAAGACAACAGAGCCUUUCACUUCGACUACAAUACCUAGUACAACUACCGAGACAACAGAAUCUUUUACUUCGACUACAAUACCUAGUACAACUACUGAGACAACAGAACCUUUUACUUCGACUACAAUACAUAGUACAACUACCGAGACAACAGAACCUUUAACUUCGACUACAAUUCCUAGUACCACUACCGAGACAACCGAACCUUUCACUUCGACUACAAUUCCUAGUACAACUACCGAGACAACAGAACCUUUCACUUCGACUACAAUACCUAGUACAACUACCGAGACAACCGAACCUUUCACUUCGACUACAAUUUCUAGUACAACUACCGAGACAACAGAACCUGUCACUUUGACUACAAUACCUAGUACAACUACCGAGUCAACAGAAUCUUUUACUUCGACUAUAAUUCCUAGUACGACUGCCGAGACAACCGAACGUUUCACUUCGACUACAAUUCCUAGUACAACUACCGAUACAACAGAACCGUUCACAUCGACGACAAUUUACAGUACAACUACCGAGACAACAGAACCUUUCACUUCGACUACAAUUCCUAGUACGACUACCGAGACAACCGAACCUUUCACUUCGACUACAAUACCUAGUACGACUUCCGAGACAACCGAACCUUUCACUUCGACUACAAUUCCUAGUACAACUACCAAGACAACAGAACCGUUCACAUUGACGACAAUUUACAGUACAACUACCGAGACAACAGAACCUUUCACUUCGACUACAAUUCCUAGUACGACUACCGAGACAACCGAACCUUUUACUUCUUCUACAAUUCCUAGUACAACUACCGAGACAACAGAACCUUUUACUUCGACUACAAUUCCUAGUACGACUACCGAGACAACCGAACCUUUCACUUCGACUACAAUUCCUAGUACAACUACCAAGACAACAGAACCGUUCACAUUGACGACAAUUUACAGUACAACUACCGAGACAACAGAACCUUUCACUUCGACUACAAUUCCUAGUACGACUACCGAGACAACCGAACCUUUCACUUCGACUACAAUUCCUAGUACAACUACCGAGACAACAAAACCUCUCACUUCGACUACAAUACCUAGUACAACUACCGAGACAACAGAACCUUUUACUUCAACUACAAUUCCUAGUACGACUACUGAGACAACCGAACCUUUCACUUCGACUACAAUUCCUAGUACAACUACCGAGACAACAGAACCUUUUACUUCGACUACAAUUCCCAGUACGACUACCGAGACAACCGAACCUUUCACUUCGACUACAAUUCCUAGUACAACUACCGAAACAACAGAACCUUUCACUUCGACUACAAUUCCUAGUACAACUACCGAGACAACAGAACCUUUUACUUCGACUACAAUACCUAGUACAACUACUGAGACAACCGAAACUUUCACUUCGACUACAAUUCCUAGUACAACUACCAAGACAACAGAACCGUUCACAUUGACGACAAUUUACAGUACAACUACCGAGACAACAGAACCUUUCACUUCGACUACAAUUCCUAGUACGACUACCGAGACAACCGAACCUUUCACUUCGACUACAAUUCCUAGUACAACUACCGAGACAACAGAACCUUUCACUUCGACUACAAUACCUAGUACAACUACCGAGACAACAGAACCUUUUACUUCAACUACAAUUCCUAGUACGACUACUGAGACAACAGAACCUUUCACUUCGACUACAAUUCCUAGUACAACUACCGAGACAACAGAACCUUUUACUUCGACUACAAUUCCUAGUACGACUACCGAGACAACCGAACCUUUCACUUCGACUACAAUUCCUAGUACAACUACCGAGACAACCGAACCUUUCACUUCGACUACAAUUCCUAGUACAACUACCGAGACAACAGAACCUUUCACAUCGACGACAAUUUACAGUACAACUACCGAGACAACAGAACCUUUCACUUCGACUACAAUACCCAGUACAACUACCCAGACAACAGAACCUUUUACUUCGACUACAAUACCUAGUACAACUACCGAGACAACAGAACCUUUUACUUCGACUACAAUACCUAGUACAACUACCGAGACAACAGAACCUUUUACUUCGUCUACAAUUCCUAGUACGACUACCGAGACAACAAAACCUUUUACUUCGACUACAAUUCCUAGUACAACUACCGAGACAACAGAACCUUUCACAUCAACGACAAUUUACAGUACAACUACCGAGACAACAGAACCUUUCACUUCGACUACAAUACCUAGUACAACUACCGAGACAACAGAACCUUUUACUUCGACUACAAUACCUAGUACAACUACCGAGACAACAGAACCUUUUACUUCGACUACAAUUCCUAGUAUGACUACCGAGACAAUCGAACCUUUCACUUCGACUACAAUUCCGUGUACAACUACCGAGACAACAGAAUCUUUCACAUCGACGACAAUUUACAGUACAACUACCAAGACAACAGAACCUUUCACUUCGACUACAAUACCUAGUACAACUACCGAGACAACAGAAACUUUUACUUCGACUACAAUACCUAGUACAACUACUGAGACAACAGAACCUUUUACUUCGACUACAAUACCUAGUACAACUACCGAGACAACAGAACCUUUAACUUCGACUACAAUUCCUAGUACGACUACCGAGACAACCGAACGUUUCACUUCGACUACAAUUCCUAGUACAACUACCAAGACAACAGAACCUUUCACUUCGACUACAAUACCUAGUACAACUACCGAGACAACCAAACCUUUCACUUCGACUACAAUUUCUAGUACAACUACCGAGACAACAGAACCUGUCACUUCGACUACAAUACCUAGUACAACUACCGAGACAACAGAAUCUUUUACUUCGACUAUAAUUCCUAGUACGACUUCCGAGACAACCGAACGUUUCACUUCGACUACAAUUCCUAGUACAACUACCAAGACAACAGAACCGUUCACAUUGACGACAAUUUACAGUACAACUACCGAGACAACAGAACCUUUCACUUCGACUACAAUUCCUAGUACGACUACCGAGACAACCGAACCUUUCACUUCGACUACAAUUCCUAGUACAACUACCGAGACAACAGAACCUUUCACUUCGACUACAAUACCUAGUACAACUACGGAGACAACAGAACCUUUUACUUCAACUACAAUUCGUAGUACGACUACCGAGACAACCGAACCUUUCACUUCGACUACAAUUCCUAGUACAACUACCGAGACAACAGAACCUUUUACUUCGACUACAAUUCCUAGUACGACUACCGAUACAACCGAACCUUUCACUUCGACUACAAUUCCUAGUACAACUACCGAAACAACAGAACCUUUCACUUCGACUACAAUUCCUAGUACAACUACCGAUACAACAGAACCUGUCACUUCGACUACAAUACCUAGUACAACUACCGAGACAACAGAAUCUUUUACUUCGACUAUAAUUCCUAGUACGACUGCCGAGACAACCGAACGUUUCACUUCGACUACAAUUCCUAGUACAACUACCGAUACAACAGAACCGUUCACAUCGACGACAAUUUACAGUACAACUACCGAGACAACAGAACCUUUCACUUCGACUACAAUUCCUAGUACGACUACCGAGACAACCGAACUUUUCACUUCGACUACAAUACCUAGUACGACUUCCGAGACAACCGAACCUUUCACUUCGACUACAAUUCCUAACAACGAACCUUUCACAUCGACGACUAUUUACAGUACAACUACCGAGACAACAGAACCUUUUACUUCGACGACAAUUUACAGUACAACUACCGAGACAACAGAACCUUUUACUUCGACUACAAUUCCUAGUACGACUACCGAGACAACCGAGCCUUUCACUUCGACUACAUUUUCUAGUACAACUACCGAGACAACGGAACCUUUCACAUCGACGACUAUUUACAGUACAACUACCGAGACAACAGAAACUUUCACUUCGACUACAAUACCUAGUACAACUACUAAGACAACAGAACCUUUUACUUCGACUACAAUUCCUAGUACGACUACCGAGACAACCGAACCUUUCACUUCGACUACAAUUUCUAGUACAACUACCGAGACAACUGAACCUUUCACUUCGACUACAAUUCCUAGUACAACUACCGAGACAACAGAACCUUUCACAUCGACGACAAUUUACAGUACAACUACCGAGACAACAGAACCUUUCACUUCGACUACAACACGUAGUACAACUACCGAGACAACAGAACCUUUUACUUCGACUACAAUACCUAGUACAACUACCGAGACAACAGAACCUUUUACUUCGACUACAAUUCCUAGUACGACUACCGAGACAACCGAACCUUUCACUUCGACUACAAUUCCCAGUACAACUACCGAGACAACAGAACCUUUCACAUCGACGUCAAUCUACAGUACAACUACCGAGACAACAGAACCUUUUACUUCGACGACAAUUUACAGUACAACUACCGAGACAACAGAACCUUUCACUUCGACUACAAUACCUAGUACAACUACCGAGACAACAGAACCUUUUACUUCGACUACAAUUCCUAGUACAACUACCGAGACAACAGAACCUUUCACUUCGACUACAAUUCCUAGUACAACUACCGAGACAACAGAAUCUUUCACAUCGACUACAAUUACUAGUACAACUACCGAGACAACAGAACCUUUCACUUCGACUACAAUACCUAGUACAACUACCGAGACAACAGAACCUUUUACUUCGACUACAAUACCUAGUACAACUACCGAGACAACAGAACCUUUUACUUCGACUACAAUACCUAGUACAACUACCGAGACAACAGAACCUUUCACUUCGACUACAAUUCCUAGUACGACUACCGAGACAACCGAACCUUUCACUUCGACUACAAUUCCUAGUACAACUACCGAGACAACAGAACCUUUACAUCGACGACAAUUUACAGUACAACUACCGAGACAACAGAACCUUUCACUUCGACUACAAUACCUAGUACAACUACCGAGACAACAGAACCUUUUACUUCGACUACAAUUCCUAGUACAACUACCGAGACAACAGAACCUUUUACUUCGACUACAAUUCCUAGUACGACUACCGAGACAACCGAACCUUUCACUUGACGACAAUUACAGUACACUACCGAGACAACAGAACCUUUCACUUCGACUACAAUACCUAGUACAACUACCGAGACAACAGAACCUUUUACUUCGACUACAUUCCUAUACAACUACCGAGACAACCGAACCUUUCACUUCGACUACAAUUCCUAGUACAACUACGAGACAACAGAACCUUUCACAUCGACUACAAUUUCUAGUACAACUACCGAGACAACAGAACCUUUCACUUCGACUACAAUUACCUAGUACAACUACCGAGACAACAGAACCUUUUACUUCGACUACAAUUCCUAGUACGACUACCGAGACAACCGAACCUUUCACUUCGACUACAAUUUCUAGUACAACUACCGAGACAACAGAACCUUUCACUUCGACUACAAUUCCUAGUACAACUACCGAGACAACAGAACCUUUCACUUCGACUACAAUUCUAUACAACUACCGAGACAACAGAACCUUUUACUUCGACUACAAUCCUAGUACAACUACCGAGACAACAGAACUUUACUUCGACAAUUCAGUACAACUCGAGACACAACCUUUACGUCUACAGUACAACUACCGAGACAACAGAACCUUUCACUUCGACUACAAUUUACCUAGUACAACUACCGAGACAACAGAACCUUUCACUUCGACUACAAUUUCUAGUACAACUACCGAGACAACAGAACCUUUCACUUCGACUACAAUACCUAGUACAACUACCGAGACAACAGAACCUUUCACUUCGACUACAAUACCUAGUACAACUACCGAGACAACAGAACCUUUUACUUCGACUACAAUUCCUAGUACAACUACCGAGACAACAGAACCUUUCACUUCGACUACAAUUCCUAGUACAACUACCGAGACAACAGAACCUUUCACUUCGACUACAAUUCCUAGUACAACUACCGAGACAACAGAACCUUUUACUUCGACUACAAUUACUAGUACAACUACCGAGACAACAGAACCUUUACUUCGACUACAAUUCCUAGUACAACUACCGAGACAACAGAACCUUUCACUUCGACUACAAUAUCCUCAGUACAACUACCGAGACAACAGAACCUUUCACUUCGACUACAAUACCUAACAACGAACUUUCACUUCGACUACAAUUCCUAGUACGACUACCGAGACAACCGAACCUUUCACUUCGACUACAAUUCCUAGUACGACUACCGAGACAACCGAACCUUUCACUUCGACUACAAUUCCUAGUACAACUACCGAGACAACAGAACCGUUCACAUUGACGACAAUUACAGUACAACUACCGAGGACAACAGAACCUUUCACUUCGACUACAAUUCCUAGUACGACUACCGAGACAACCGAACCUUUCACUUCGACUACAAUUCCUAGUACAACUACCGAGACAACAGAACCUUUUACUUCGACUACAAUUCCUAGUACGACUACCGAGACAACCGAACCUUUCACUUCGACUACAAUUCCUAGUACAACUACCGAAACAACAGAACCUUUCACAUCGACUUCAAUCUACAGUACAACUACCGAGACAACAGAACCUUUUACUUCGACGACAAUUUACAGUACAACUACCGAGACAAUAGAACCUUAUACUUCGACUACAAUUCCUAACAACGAACCUUUCACAUCGACGACUAUUUACAGUACAACUGCCGAGACAACAGAACCUUUCACUUCGACUACAAUACCUAGUACAACUACAGACAACAGAACUUUUACUUCGACUACAAUUCCUAGUACGACUACCGAGACAACCGAACCUUUCACUUCGACUACAAUUUCUAGUACAACUACCGAGACAACUGAACCUUUCACUUCGACUACAAUUCCUAGUACAACUACCGAGACAACAGAACCUUUCACAUCGACGACAAUUUACAGUACAACUACCGAGACAACAGAACCUUUCACUUCGACUACAACACGUAGUACAACUACCGAGACAACAGAACCUUUUACUUCGACUACAAUACCUAGUACAACUACCGAGACAACAGAACCUUUUACUUCGACUACAAUUCCUAGUACGACUACCGAGACAACCGAACCUUUCACUUCGACUACAAUUCCUAGUACAACUACCGAGACAACAGAACCUUUCACAUCGACGUCAUCCGUACAUCGAGCACAGACUUUACUUCGACGAUUACGUACAACUACCGAGACAACAGAACCUUUCACUUCGACUACAAUACCUAGUACAACUACCGAGACAACAGAACCUUUUACUUCGACUACAAUUCCUAGUACAACUACCGAGACAACAGAACCUUUUACUUCGACUACAGUUCCUAGUACGACUACCGAGACAACCGAACCUUUCACUUUGACGACAAUUUACAGUACAACUACCGAGACAACAGAACCUUUCACUUCGACUACAAUACCUAGUACAACUACCGAGACAACAGAACCUUUUACUUCGACUACAGUUCCUAGUACGACUACCGAGACAACCGAACCUUUCACUUCGACUACAAUUUCUAGUACAACUACCGAGACAACGGAACCUUUCACAUCGACGACUAUUUACAGUACAACUACCGAGACAACAGAACCUUUCACUUCGACUACAAUACCUAGUACAACUACCGAGACAACAGAACCUUUUACUUCGACUACAAGUCCUAGUACGACUACCGAGACAACCGAACCUUUCACUUCGACUACAAUUUCUAGUACAACUACCGAGACAACGAACCUUUCACAUCGACGACUAUUUACAGUACAACUACCGAGACAACAGAACCUUUCACUUCGACUACAAUACCUAGUACAACUACCGAGACAACAGAAUCUUUACUUCGACUACAUACUGUACAAUACGAAUCAGAACCUUACUCGACUACAAUUCCUAUACAACUACCGAGACAACAGAACCUUUCACUUCGACGUACAAUUACCUAGUACAACUACCGAGACAACAGAACCUUUCACUUCGACUACAAUACCUAGUACAACUACCGAGACAACAGAACCUUUUACUUCGACUACAAUUCCUAGUACAACUACCGAGACAACAGAACCUUUUACUUCGACUACAAUUCCUAGUACGACUACCGAGACAACCGAACCUUUCACUUCGACUACAAUUUCUAGUACAACUACCGAGACAACAGAACCUUUACUUCGACUACAAUUCCUAUACACUACGAGACAACAGAACCUUUUACUUCGACUACAAUUCCUAGUACGACUACCGAGACAACCGAACCUUUCACUUCGACUACAAUUCCUAGUACAACUACCGAGACAACAGAACCUUUCACAUCGACGACAUUUACAGUACAACUACCGAGACAACAGAACCUUUCACUUCGACUACAAUACACUAGUACAACUACCGAGACAUACAGAACCUUUUACUUCGACUACAAUACCUAGUACAACUACCGAGACAACAGAACCUUUUACUUCGACUACAAUUCCUAGUACAACUACCGAGACAACAGAACCUUUCACAUCGACGACAAUUUACAGUACAACUACCGAGACAACAGAACCUUUCACUUCGACUACAAUACCUAGUACAACUACCGAGACAACGGAACCUUUCACAUCGACGACAAUUUACAGUACAACUACCGAGACAACAGAACCUUUCACUUCGACUACAAUUACUAUACAACUACCGAGACAACAGAACCUUUCACUUCGACGUACAAUUUACAGUACAACUACCGAGACAACAGAACCUUUCACUUCGACUACAAUACCUAGUACAACUACCGAGACAACAGAACCUUUUACUUCGACUACAAUUCCUAGUACAACUACCGAGACAACAGAACCUUUUACUUCGACUACAUUCCUUAAUCGUGACGAACCUUCACCGAGACAACAUCAACCGAACGAACCUUUCACUUCGACUACAAUACCUAGUACAACUACCGAGACAACAGAACCUUUUACUUCGACUACAAUACCUAGUACAACUACCGAGACAACGAACCUUUUACUUCGACUACAAUUCCUAUACAACUACGAGACAACAGAACCUUUCACAUCGACGUACAAUUUACAGUACAACUACCGAGACAACAGAACCUUUCACUUCGACUACAAUACUAGUACAACUACCGAGACAACAGAACCUUUCACUUCGACUACAAUUCCUAGUACAACUACCGAGACAACAGAACCUUUCACUUCGACUACAAUUACUAGUACAACUACCGAGACAACAGAACCUUUUACUUCGACUACAAUUCCUAGUACAACUACCGAGACAACAGAACCUUUCACAUCGACGACAAUUUACAGUACAACUACCGAGACAACAGAACCUUUCACUUCGACUACAAUACCUAGUACAACUACCGAGACAACAGAACCUUUCACUUCGACUACAAUUCCUAGUACAACUACCGAGACAACAGAACCUUUCACUUCGACGACAAUUUACAGUACAACUACCGAGACAACAGAACCUUUCACUUCGACUACAAUUCCUAGUACGACUACCGAGACAACCGAACCUUUCACUUCGACGACAAUUUACAGUACAACUACCGAGACAACAGAACCUUUCACUUCGACUACAAUACCUAGUACAACUACCGAGACAACAGAACCUUUUACUUCGACUACAAUUCCUAGUACAACUACCGAGACAACAGAACCUUUCACUUCGACUACAAUUCUAGUACGACUACGAGACAACGAACCUUUCACUUCGACGACAUUACAGUACACUACCGAGACAACAGAACCUUUCACUCGACUACAAACUAGUACAACUACCGAGACAACAGAACCUUUUACUUCGACUACAAUACCUAGUACAACUACCGAGACAACAGAACCUUUUACUUCGACUACAAUUCCUAGUACGACUACCGAGACAACCGAACCUUUCACUUCGACUACAAUUCCUAGUACAACUACCGAGACAACAGAACCUUUCACAUCGACGACAAUUACAGUACAACUACCGAGACAACAGAACCUUUCUUCGACUUCAGAAUACCGCAACGAUUACUCGCUUUACAGUACAACUACCGAGACAACAGAACCUUUCACUUCGACUACAAUACCUAAACCUUUCACUUCGACUACAAUUCCUAGUACAACUACCGAUACAACGGAACCUUUCACAUCGACGACAAUUUACAGUACAACUACCGAGACAACAGAACCUUUCACUUCGACUACAAUUUCUAGUACAACUACCGAGACAACAGAACCUUUUACUUCGACUACAAUUCCUAGUACAACUACCGAGACAACCGAAACUUUCACUUCGACUACAAUUCCUAGUACAACUACCGAGACAACAGAACCUUUCACUUCGACUACAAUUACAGUACAACUACCGAGACAACAGAACCUUUCACUUCGACUACAAUUACCUAGUACAACUACCGAGACAACAGAACCUUUUACUUCGACUACAAUUCCUAGUACAACUACCGAGACAACAGAACCUUUUACUUCGACUACAAUUCCUAGUACGACUACCGAGACAACAGAACCUUUCACUUCGACUACAAUUUCUAGUACAACUACCGAGACAACAGAACCUUUCACUUCGACUACAAUUACUAGUACAACUACCGAGACAACAGAACCUUUCACUUCGACUACAAUUACUAGUACAACUACCGAGACAACAGAACCUUUUACUUCGACUACAAUUCCUAGUACGACUACCGAGACAACCGAACCUUUCACUUCGACUACAAUUUCUAGUACAACUACCGAGACAACUGAACCUUUCACUUCGACUACAAUUCCUAGUACAACUACCGAGACAACAGAACCUUUCACAUCGACGACAAUUUACAGUACAACUACCGAGACAACAGAACCUUUCACUUCGACUACAAUACCUAGUACAACUACCGAGACAACAGAACCUUUUACUUCGACUACAAUACCUAGUACAACUACCGAGACAACAGAACCUUUUACUUCGACUACAAUUCCUAGUACGACUACCGAGACAACCGAACCUUUCACUUCGACUACAAUUCCUAGUACAACUACCGAGACAACAGAACCUUUCACAUCGACGACAAUUUACAGUACAACUACCGAGACAACAGAACCUUUCACUUCGACUACAUUCUAUACAACUACCGAGACAACAGAACCUUUCACUUCGACUACAAUUCCUAGUACGACUACCGAGACAACCGAACCUUUCACUUCGACUACAAUUCCUAGUACAACUACCGAGACAACAGAACCUUUCACAUCGACGUCAAUUUACAGUACAACUACCGAGACAACAGAACCUUUUACUUCGACGUACAAUUACAGUACAACUACCGAGACAACAGAACCUUUCACUUCGACUACAAUACCUAGUACAACUACCGAGACAACAGAACCUUUUACUUCGACUACAAUUCCUAGUACAACUACCGAGACAACAGAACCUUUCACUUCGACUACAGUUUCUAGUACACUACCGAGACAACCGAACCUUUCACUUCGACGACAAUUUACAGUACAACUACCGAGACAACAGAACCUUUCACUUCGACUACAAUACCUAGUACAACUACCGAGACAACAGAACCUUUUACUUCGACUACAAUACCUAGUACAACUACCGAGACAACAGAACUUUUACUUCGACUACAAUUCCUAUACAACUACCGAGACAACUGAACCUUUCACUUCGACUACAAUUCCUAGUACAACUACCGAGACAACUGAACCUUUACUCGACUACAAUCCUAGUACAACUACAGACAACAGAACCUUUUACUUCGACACAAUUCCUAGUACGACUACCGAGACAACCGAACCUUCCACUUCAACUACAAUUUCCAGUACAACUACCGAGACAACAGAACCUUUCACUUCGACUACAAUUCCUAGUACAACUACCGAGACAACAGAACCUUUCACAUCGACGACAAUUUUCAGUACAACUACCGAGACAACAGAACCUUUCACUUCGACUACAAUACCUAGUACAACUACUGAGACAACAGAACCUUUUACUUCGACUACAAUUCCUAGUACAACUACCGAGACAACAGAACCUUUCACUUCGACGACAAUUUACAGUACAACUACCGAGACAACAGAACCUUUCACAUCGACGACAAUUUACAGUACAACUACCGAGACAACAGAACCUUUCACUUCGACUACAAUACCUAGUACAACUACCGAGACAACAGAACCUUUUACUUCGACUACAAUUCCUAGUACGACUACCGAGACAACCGAACCUUUCACUUCGACUACAAUUCCUAGUACAACUACCGAGACAACAGAACCUUUCACUUCGACUACAAUACCUAGUACAACUACCGAGACAACAGAACCUUUUACUUCGACUACAAUUCCUAGUACGACUACCGAGACAACCGAACCUUUCACUUCGACUACAGUUCCUAGUACAACUACCGAGACAACGAACCUUUCACUUCGACUACAAUUCCUAGUACAACUACCGAGACAACUAAACCUUUACUUCGACUACAAUUCCUAUACAACUACCGAGACAACAGAACCUUUCACUUCGACUACAAUACCUAGUACAACUACCGAGACAACAGAACCUUUUACUUCGACUACAAUUCCUAGUACAACUACCGAGACAACCGAACCUUUCACUUCGACUACAAUUUCUAGUACAACUACCGAGACAACCGAACCUUUCACUUCGACUACAAUUCCUAGUACAACUACCGAGACAACAGAACCUUUCACUUCGACUACAAUACCUAGUACAACUACCGAGACAACAGAACCUUUCACUUCGACUACAAUUCCUAUACAACUACCGAGACAACAGAACCUUUCACAUCGACGACAAUUUACAGUACAACUACCGAGACAACAGAACCUUUCACAUCGACGACUAUUACAGUACAACUACCGAGACAACAGAACUUUCACUUCGACUACAAUACCUAGUACAACUACCGAGACAACAGAACCUUUUACUUCGACUACAAUUCCUAGUACGACUACCGAGACAACCGAACCUUUCACUUCGACUACAAUUUCUAGUACAACUACCGAGACAACAGAACCUUUCACUUCGACUACAAUUCCUAGUACAACUACCGAGACAACUGAACCUUUUACUUCGACUACAAUUCCUAGUACAACUACCGAGACAACAGAACCUUUUACUUCGACUACAAUUCCUAGUACGACUACCGAGACAACCGAACCUUUCACUUCGACUACAAUUUCUAGUACAACUACCGAGACAACAGAACCUUUCACUUCGACUACAAUUCCUAGUACAACUACCGAGACAACAGAACCUUUCACAUCGACGACAAUUUUCAGUACAAAGACCGAGACAACAGAACCUUUCACUUCGACUACAAUACCUAGUACAACUACUGAGACAACAGAACCUUUUACUUCGACUACAAUUCCUAGUACAACUACCGAGACAACAGAACCUUUCACAUCGACGACAAUUUACAACAACAGAACCUUUUACUUCGUACUACAAUUCCUAGUACAACUACCGAGACAACAGAACCUUUCACUUCGACUACAAUUCCUAGUACAACUACCGAGACAACAGAACCUUUCACUUCGACUACAAUUCCUAGUACAACUACCGAGACAACAGAACCUUUCACAUUCGACUACAAUUUACCUAGUACAACUACCGAGACAACAGAACCUUUUACUUCGACUACAAUUCCUAGUACAGACGACCGAGACAACCGAACCUUUCACUUCGACUACAGUUUCUAGUACAACUACCGAGACAACUGAACCUUUCACUUCGACUACAAUUCCUAGUACAACUACCGAGACAACUAAACCUUUUACUUCGACUACAAUUCCUAGUACAACUACUAAGACAACAGAACCUUUUACUUCGACAACAAUUCCUAGUACGACUACCGAGACAACCGAACCUUUCACUUCGACUACAAUUUCUAGUACAACUACCGAGACAACCGAACCUUUCACUUCGACUACAAUUCCUAGUACAACUACCGAGACAACAGAAUCUUUCACAUCGACGACAAUCUUCAGUACAACUACCGAGACAACAGAACCUUUCACUUCGACUACAAUACCUAGUACAACUACCGAGACAACAGAACCUUUUACUUCGACUACAAUUCCUAGUACAACUACCAGACAACAGAACCUUUCACUUCGACUACAAUUCUAUACAACUACCGAGACAACCGAACCUUUCACUUCGACUACAAUUCCUAGUACAACUACCGAGACAACAGAAUCUUUCACAUCGACGACAAUUUACAGUACAACUACCGAGACAACAGAACCUUUCACUUCGACUACAAUACCUAGUACAACUACCGAGACAACAGAACCUUUUACUUCGACUACAAUUCCUAGUAAAACUACCAAGACAACCGAACCUUUCACUUCGACUACAAUUUCUAGUACAACUACCGAGACAACCGAACCUUUCACUUCGACUACAAUUCCUAGUACAACUACCGAGACAACAGAACCUUUCACAUCGACGACAAUCUUCAGUACAACUACCGAGACAACAGAACCUUUCACUUCGACUACAAUACCUAGUACAACUACCGAGGACAACAGAACCUUUUACUUCGACUACAAUUCCUAUACGACUACCGAGACAACCGAACCUUUCACUUCGACUACAAUUUCUAGUACAACUACCGAGACAACCGAACCUUUUACUGCGACUACAAUUCCUGAAACGUUCACAUCGACGACAAUUUACAGUACAACUACCGAGACAACAGAACCUUUCACUUCGACUACAAUUCCUAGUACGACUACCGAGACAACCGAACCUUUCACUUCGACUACAAUUCCUAGUACAACUACCGAGACAACAGAACCUUUCACUUCGACUAGAAUACCUAGUACGACUUCCGAGACAACUGAACCUUUCACUUCGACUACAAUACCUAGUACAACUACCGAGACAACAGAACCUUUUACUUCGACUACAAUUCCUAGUAAAACUACCGAGACAACAGAACCUUUCACAUCGACGACAAUUUCUAGUACAACUACCGAGACAACUGAACCUUUCACUUCGACUACAAUUCCUAGUACAACUACCGAGACAACAGAACCUUUCACUUCGACUACAAUUCUAGUAAAACUACCGAGACAACCGAACCUUUCACUUCGACUACAAUUCCUAGUACAACUACCGAGACAACAGAACCUUUCACUUCGACUACAAUCCGUACACUACGAGACACAGAACUUUACGCGACAUUUCAGUACAACUACCGAGACAACAGAACCUUUUACUUCGACUACAAUUCCUAGUACAACUACUGAGACAACAGAACCUUUUACUUCGACUACAAUUCCUAGUACGACUACCGAGACAACCGAACCUUUCACUUCGACUACAAUUUUAGUACAACUACCGAGACAACCGAACCUUUCACUUCGACUACAAUUCCUAGUACAACUACCGAGACAACAGAAUCUUUCACAUCGACGACAAUCUUCAGUACAACUACCGAGACAACAGAACCUUUCACUUCGACUACAAUACCUAGUACAACUACCGAGACAACAGAACCUUUUACUUCGACUACAAUUCCUAGUAAAACUACCAAGACAACCGAACCUUUCACUUCGACUACAAUUUCUAGUACAACUACCGAGACAACCGAACCUUUCACUUCGACUACAAUUCCUAGUACAACUACCGAGACAACAGAAUCUUUCACAUCGACGACAAUCUUCAGUACAACUACCGAGACAACAGAACCUUUCACUUCGACUACAAUACCUAGUACAACUACCGAGACAACAGAACCUUUUACUUCGACUACAAUUCCUAGUAAAACUACCAAGACAACGAACCUUUCACUUCGACUACAAUUCCUAUACAACUACCGAGACAACCGAACCUUUCACUUCGACUACAAUUCCUAGUACAACUACCGAGACAACAGAACCUUUUACUUCGACUACAAUUCCUAGUACAACUACCGAGACAACAGAACCUUUUACUUCGACUACAAUUCCUAGUACGACUACCGAGACAACCGAACCUUUCACUUCGACUACAAUUCUAGUACAACUACCGAGACAACCGAACCUUUCACUUCGACUACAAUUCCUAGUACAACUACCGAGACAACAGAACCUUUUACUGCGACUACAAUUCCUGAUACGACUGCUGAGACAACCGAACCUUUCACUUCGACUACAAUUCCUAGUACAACUACCGAUACAACAGAACCGUUCACAUCGACGACAAUUUACAGUACAACUACCGAGACAACAGAACCUUUCACUUCGACUACAAUUCCUAGUACGACUACCGAGACAACCGAACCUUCCACUUCGACUACAAUUCCUAGUACAACUACCGAGACAACAGAACCUUUCACUUCGACUACAAUACCUAGUACAACUUCCGAGACAACUGAACCUUUCACUUCGACUACAAUUCCUAGUACAACUACCAAGACAACAGAACCGUUCACAUUCGACGACAAUUUACAGUACAACUACCGAGACAACCGAACCUUUCACUUCGACUACAAUUCCUAGUACAACUACCGAGACAACAGAACCUUUCACUUUGACUACAAUACCUAGUACAACUACCGAGUCAACAGAACCUUUUACUUCGAUUACAAUUCCUAGUACGACUACCGAAACAACCGAAACUUUUACUUCGACUACAGUUCCUAGUACCACUAAAGAGACAUCCGAACCUUUCACUUCGACUACAAUUCCUAGUACAACUACCGAUACAACAGAACCGUUUACAUCGACGACAAUUUACAGUACAACUACCGAGACAACAGAAUCUUUCACUUCGACUACAAUUCCUAGUACGACUACCGAGACAACCGAACCUUUCACUUCGACUACAAUUCUUAGUACAACUACCGAGACAACAGAACCUUUCACUUCGACUACAAUUCCUAGUACAACUACCGAGACAACAGAACAUUUUACUUCGACUACAAUUCCUAGUACGACUACCGAGACAACCGAACCUUUCACUUCGACUACAAUUUCUAGUACAACUACCGAGACAACAGAGCCUUUCACUUCGACUAUAAUUCCUAGUACGACUUCCGAGACAACCGAACCUUUCACUUCGACUACAAUUUCUAGUACAACUACCGAGACAACAGAGCCUUUCACUUCGACUACAAUUCCUAGUACGACUUCCGAGACAACCGAACCUUUCACUUCGACUACAAUUCCUAGUACAACUACCAAGAUAACAGAACCUUUUACUUCGACUACAAUUCCUAGUACAACUACCGAGACAACCGAACCUUUCACUUCGACUACAAUUCCUAGUACAACUACCGAGACAACAGAACCUUUCACAUCGACGACAAUUUACAGUACAACUACCGAGACAACAGAACCUUUCGCAUCAACGACAAUUUACAGUACACCUUCUGAGACAACUGAACCUUUAACUUCGACUACAAUUUCUAGUACAACUACCGAGACAACUGUACCUUUCACUUCGACUACAAUUCCUAGUACAACUACCGAGACAACAAAACCUUUUACAUCAACGACAAUAUACAGCACACCUUCUGAGACAACUGAACCUUUCACUUCGACUACAAUUCCUAGUACAACUACCGAGACAACAGAACCUUUCACUUCGACUACAAUUCCUAGUACGACUUCCGAGACAACCGAACCUUUCACUUCGACUACAAUUCCUAGUACAACUACCGAGACAACAGAACCUUUUACUUCGACUACAAUUUCUAGUACAACUACCGAGACAACAGAACCUUUCACAUCGACGACAAUUUACAGUACAACUACCGAGACAACAGAACCUUUCACUUCGACUACAAUACCUAGUACAACUACCGAGACAACAGAAACUUUUACUUCGACUACAGUUCCUAGUACGACUACCGAGACAACCGAACCUUUCACUUCGACUACAAUUCCUAGUACAACUACCGAGACAACGAACCUUUCACAUCGACGACUAUUUAUAGUACAACUACCGAGACCAGAGAACCUUUCACUUCGACUACAAUACCUAGUACAAUUACUGAGACAACAGAACCUUUUACUUCGACUACAAUUCCUAGUACGAGUACCGAGACAGCCGAACCUUUCACUUCGACUACAAUUUCUAGUACAACUACUGAGACAACAGAGCCUUUCACUUCGACUACAAUUCCUAGUACGACUUCCGAGACAACCGAACCUUUCACUUCGACUACAAUUUCCUAAUACAACUACCGAGACAACAAAACCUUUUACUUCGACUACAGUUCCUAGUACGACUACGGAGACAACCGAACCUUUCACUUCGACUACAAUUCCUAGUACAACUACUGAUACAACAGAACCGUUCACAUCGACGACAGUUUACAGUACAACUACCGAGACAACAGAACCUUUCACUUCGACUACAACUACCGAGACAACAGGACCUUUCACUUCAACUACAAUACCUAGUACAACUACCGAGACAACAGAACCUUUUACUUCGACUACAAUUCCUAGUACAACUACCGAGACAACCGAACCUGUCACUUCGACUACAAUUUCUAGUACAACUACCGAGACAACAGAACCUUUCACUUCGAGUACAAUUCCUAGUACAACUACCGAGACAACCGAACCUUUCACUUCGACUACAAUUCCUAGUACAACUACCGAGACAACAGAACCUUUCACUUCGACUACAAUACCUAGUACAACUACCGAGACAACAGAACCUUUUACUUCGACUACAAUUCCUAGUACAACUACCGAGACAACCGAACCUGUCACUUCGACUACAAUUUCUAGUACAACUACCGAGACAACAGAGCCUUUCACUUCGAAUACAAUUCCUAGUACGACUACCGAGACAACCGAACCUUUCACUUCGACUACAAUUACUAGUACAACUACCGAGACAACAGAACCUUUCACAUCGACGACAAUUUACAGUACAACUACCGAGACAACAGAACCUUUCACAUCAACGACAAUUUACACACACUUCUGGGACAACUCAACCUUUCACUUCGACUACAAUUCCUAG